AGGGCCCAGCAGCCAAUGGGAAGGCCCAGAGGUUGGGUAAUGGUAUCGUCAGAUGGUGAGGCGAGUUAGGCAGAGCGACACAGAUUCAGCUUGAGAGAAGUGGACGGGACAGGCGUGGUGAAGUGAAGGCUACAGUCUGAUUGUCUGCAAACUGAAUCUCCCAAGUGGCAACACAUUUUACAUCCAUCUCAUUCGCAAAGACGUGGUUUAAAGGUCUAUCAUGUCUGCCAAAGCGAUCUCGGAGCAGACGGGGAAGGAGUUCCUGUACAAACACAUCUGCACCUCUGCGGCGGUCCAGAACCGCUUCCGUUAUGCACGCGUCACCACGGAAACCGACUGGGACCGCCUCGUGCAAGACCACCCCUGGCUCCUGAGCGAGCGAUUGGUUGUGAAGCCGGACCAGCUGAUCAAGCGUAGAGGGAAGCUCGGCCUGGUGGGCGUCGGCUUGGACCUGCAGGGCGUCCGUGAUUGGCUGAAGCCACGACUGAUGAGGGAAACCACAAUUGGAAAGGCAAAGGGAAUCCUGAAGAACUUCCUCAUUGAGCCGUUCGUGCCUCAUAAGCAGGAUGAGGAGUUCUAUGUGUGCAUCUACGCGGCGCGGGAGGGGGACUGGGUUUUGUUUCAUCAUGAAGGUGGGGUUGAUGUGGGCGACGUGGACGCCAAAGCUCAGAAGCUGCUGGUUGCCGUGGACGACAAGCUCACUGAGGAAAUGGUCACACAACAGCUGCUGUCACAUGUCCCUCAGAGUAGAAAAGAGGUUCUGGCCAACUUCAUUGUGGGACUCUUCAACUUGUAUGAGGAUCUUUACUUCACCUACCUGGAGAUCAAUCCCCUAGUGGUGACCCAGGAUGGUGUGUAUGUUUUGGACAUGGCUGCCAAGAUCGAUGUCACCGCUGACUUCAUCUGCAAGGCCAAGUGGGGAGAUGUCGACUUCCCUCCUCCCUUUGGAAGAGAGGCCUACCCAGAGGAGGCCUACAUUGCUGAUUUGGACGCGAAGAGUGGUGCCAGUCUGAAGCUCACCAUCCUUAACCCCCGAGGACGCAUCUGGACCAUGGUGGCAGGAGGAGGAGCUUCUGUAGUGUACAGUGACACUAUCUGUGACCUGGGAGGCGUGGAUGAGUUGGCCAACUAUGGGGAGUACUCCGGAGCGCCCAGCGAACAGCAGACCUACGACUACGCCAAGACCAUCCUCUCCCUCAUGACCCGAGAGAAGCACAAGGAAGGUAAAGUGCUUAUCAUCGGCGGAAGCAUCGCCAACUUCACAAACGUGGCCGCCACCUUCAAAGGCAUUGUCCGGGCGAUCAGGGACUUCCAGGCGCCACUGAAGGAGCACGAGGUUUCCAUCUUCGUACGGCGAGGAGGCCCCAACUACCAGGAGGGCCUGCGCGUGAUGGGCGAAGUUGGAAAGACGACGGGCAUUCCUAUCCACGUGUUCGGGACGGAGACUCACAUGACGGCCAUAGUUGGCAUGGCACUGGGCCACCGGCCAAUCCCCAAUCAGCCUCCAGCCGACGCCCACACAGCCAACUUCCUGCUCAACUCCAACAGCAGUGCAGCGACUCCAGCUUCCAGUAGGACUGCCUCCUUCUCUGAACCUAAGGCUGCUGCAGAUGUCACUCCUGCAAAGAAACUGAAACCAGGUGUCCCACCAGCGAAGGCCACAACUCUCUUCAGUAAGCAGUCGAAGGCUCUGGUGUGGGGCAUGCAGACCCGUGCAGUGCAGGGCAUGAUGGACUUUGACUAUGUGUGUUCACGCGACGCCCCCUCUGUUGCUGCCAUGGUCUACCCCUUCACGGGGGACCAUAAGCAGAAGUUCUACUGGGGACAUAAGGAGAUUCUGUUGCCGGUCUACAAGAACAUGGCCGACGCGGUGAGGAAGCACCCAGAGGUGGACGUGCUCAUCAGCUUCGCCUCACUUCGCUCCGCAUACGACAGCGCCAUGGAAACCAUGCAGUACCCGCAGAUCCACACUAUCGCCAUCAUAGCUGAGGGGAUUCCUGAGGCUCUGACCCGCCGACUCAUUAAGAAGGCUGAUGAGAAGGGCGUGACCAUCAUUGGCCCAGCAACGGUGGGGGGUAUAAAGCCUGGCUGUUUUAAGAUUGGCAACACGGGCGGGAUGCUUGACAACAUUCUGGCGUCCAAGCUGUACCGUCCAGGAAGUGUGGCGUAUGUGUCUCGCUCAGGAGGGAUGUCCAACGAACUCAACAACAUCAUCUCCCGCACCACAGAUGGAGUCUACGAGGGAGUGGCUAUAGGAGGAGAUAGAUACCCAGGCUCCACCUUCAUGGAUCAUGUGCUGAGAUAUCAGGAUACGCCUGACGUCAAGAUGAUCGUGGUUUUGGGAGAGAUCGGGGGCACGGAGGAGUAUAAGAUCGGGCACGGUGUGGCGGAGGGGCGCAUCACUAAACCUGUGGUCUGCUGGUGCAUUGGGACGUGUGCCACCAUGUUCUCCUCUGAGGUUCAGUUUGGCCACGCGGGUGCCUGUGCCAAUCAGGCGUCUGAGACGGCUGUGGCCAAGAAUCAAGCACUACGAGAGGGCGGAGUCUUCGUCCCCAAGAGCUUUGAUGAACUUGGAGACGCCAUACGGUCGGUGUAUGAUGACCUGGUGGCAUCAGGAGUUAUUGUUCCAGCAAAGGAAGUCCCGCCCCCAACUGUUCCAAUGGAUUACUCAUGGGCCAGAGAGCUGGGUCUGAUCCGGAAGCCAGCAUCCUUCAUGACGAGCAUCUGUGACGAGCGCGGCCAGGAACUUAUCUACGCCGGGAUGCCCAUCACCGAGGUCUUCAAAGAGGAAAUGGGACUGGGCGGCGUGCUGGGUCUGCUGUGGUUCCAGAGACGGCUGCCCCGUUACGCGUGCCAGUUCAUAGAGAUGUGCCUGAUGGUGACUGCAGACCACGGCCCAGCGGUGUCUGGGGCGCACAAUACCAUCGUUUGCGCUCGCGCCGGCAAAGACCUCGUGUCCAGCCUCACCUCUGGUCUGCUCACCAUCGGAGACCGUUUUGGUGGGGCACUGGAUGCAGCUGCUAAGCAGUUCAGUGGAGCGUUUGACAGUGGGCUGCUGCCGAUGGAAUUCGUCAACAAGAUGAAGAAAGAAGGCAAACUCAUCAUGGGGAUCGGACACCGCGUCAAAUCGAUUAAUAAUCCAGACAUGCGGGUCCAGAUCCUGAAGGAUUUUGUGAAGCAGCACUUUCCUGCCACUCAGCUACUGGACUACGCCCUGGAAGUGGAAAAGAUCACAACCUCCAAGAAACCCAAUCUGAUUCUGAACGUCGAUGGAUUCAUCGGCGUGGCAUUCGUGGACCUGCUGCGGACCUGUGGGGGAUUCACUAGGGAUGAGGCUGAUGAAUUUGUGGAGAUCGGGGCCCUCAACGGUAUCUUCGUCCUGGGCCGCAGCAUGGGCUUCAUCGGCCACUAUCUGGACCAGAAGCGUCUGAAGCAGGGUCUCUAUCGGCACCCCUGGGACGACAUCUCCUACGUGCUUCCUGAACACAUGACCAUGUAACCAUGGAAACCUUCAUCAAAGAGUCACCUCGUGGGGAACCUCCCCUUCAGCCUGCUCCAGCUUUCUGUGUGUGUGUGUGUGUGUGUGUGUGCCCGUGUGCGUGUGUGUAAGUUAUUAUACAGAGUGAAGCCCAGAUGUGAAGGCUGACUGUUUCAGCCAAUCAGAGAAGGCCCUGAGGCUGUGGGUGAGGCUAGGAGGUGUGGCCUUGUGACCCGCAUGACCUGUGACCUCUGACCUGAAGCUUAGUUUGACGUUAGUGGGCUUGUAUGAUCUUGAAUGUAGUUCAGCACACACACACACACACACGUGUGUGUGUGUGUGUGAGUGAGAGAGAGAGAGUUUGUAUCAGAUAACUGUAGCAUAGAUGCCACGCUUUGUGUCCUAACUAGCUAACUGUAGCGAUAGCGUAGACGCCACGCUUUAAUUGUCCUAACUAGCUAACUGUAGCGAUAGCGUAGACGCCACGCUUUAAUUGUCCUAACUAGCUAACUGUGAAAGCCUCUAACAUGGAGAAACACCAACCUAUCUGUCUUAAGGACUAGUGCAGGGGACCAUGGUGAUGUGGUAGUGUUACCUUAGUUACCUUAGCAACAGUUGGCAUGGUGAUGUGGUAGUGUUACCUUAGCAACAGUUGGCAUGGCACAGCAUGUGGGUCUCAGUGCUUGUACUUGUUUGCACUGCUUGUACGUGUGUGUGUGUGUGUAUGUGUGUGCGUGCUGCUUCCUGCUCUGACUAACUGUUCAUGAUAUUUUUGGUGAAAAGGUACCAUUAUAGUUUCUGAAAGAGGCUGUGGCCAUUCUUGCCAGCCAGUUUUAUUUUUUUAAUGUUUGACUAAAAACUAUUUAAAUGGGAAAUAAAUGUGCUUCUGUUGUCCUUUUGAUUUUUAAUAUACUGUUUGAAAAAACUGUAAUAUUGUAGAUGAAUAAACCAGUCUCUCUAAACCA